AAAAAGAAUCCGUGAACCGGAAGUACGUAUAUGGUGCUAUCUGUAAACAGUUCUGUAUUAUUGUGUUGUACCUCGAGAUCGAAACGUACCUAAAUGACAAAACUAGUAGAAGUGGAAUGUAGUAGUUCACCCGCUUUUGCCAUGUGGAAUCAAAGAUCCUGAGGAUUCUGCAAAAUCUGUAAUCGUUGUUCAAGCUGAUCAGCCAUGCAUAUGACUUUUGAGGCAGGGAGCAGUGUGACACUGCUGUUUGAUUUCUGGGAGGUGCAUGGGCCCACAGGCAUGGCGCUGUCUGUGUUCGUGGUGCUUCUGUUGACCGUGUUCUACGAGCUGCUGAAGGUGUCAAGGGUCUGGCUGGGGAAGCGUUCUGAGCAGGCCGAUCAGUCCGCCUUCUCACCUCCCGUCCUCUCAUCAGAAUGCCAGGGAAGCAGCGCCGCACUAGCCAGUAGCCUGUCGGAGUCCUCCCUGGCCCCAAUGGAACAGACCGUUCACAUCCCAUCAACCACAAACCGGUGGUGUGUCCAUGGUGUCCAGACAGCCCUACACAUCCUGCAGGUGGUUCUGGGAUACAUGCUGAUGCUAUGCGUGAUGUCCUACAACACCUGGAUCUUCCUGGGGGUCAUCGUGGGCUCGGUCAUAGGAUACUUCAUAGGUUUCCCUUUACUGGAUCAAUUCUGAUCGAACUAAAGAAUUGAGAGGAAGAGUAAGACGGACAAAAGAUCUGCAGGGACUAGAUAUCCUUUACCUGUUGUCAAGGAUUUGUGUCACGAAACGUGGUGAUGCCUUCAAUUCAGAAAUGUUCGAAUACAGUUAAAUAUAUUUGGCCUGGUCCACGCUGUUGAUCAUUCAGCUGGUUGGAAUUUGAGAUAAAAUAUUGAUUCUGAAGUAAAUGCAUUCAACUUCAAAAUCUGUCUGGCAGUCAAAAGUGCAGACAAUGAAAGUCCAUGCACAGUAUGCAUACAUACUAACUGAAGCCUCCGAAAUGUUUGCAUGGUUUUGCACAUGCCAGGUGGAAUUGAACCUGUACCGACACAAAACAUUUGAGUAAACAGUCCUUUCCUGUGCACAUUUUGUAUCAAAUAUCAACUGACUGAAGAACAAACGGCACAGACCACCGGUAGAAUAAGUUCAAGUUUUUAUUUUAUUGCACAUUCUGGUUUUGUUUCAGACAAAUAUACGUAGAAUUGGUAUUGAAGUCUGAUUUAAUCAGGACAGUCAAACGUGCUCUAAAGAGUAUAGGAUAGAUCCUUCCAAGCUGUUUUCUAUUCUGACCUGUAUAUGCACUCAGAUGUGCAAUAAAAUCUACCUGAAGUGAAAAGCAGUUCCAGAGUCUUACUUAUACAUGAUCUAAAAGAAGUAAGAUUGAGUCUUUGUAGUGACAUGGGUACCACAUAAUACAUAUGUGAUUCAGCCCCCAAGUUGCCUUAGAACAAAAUGAAUCAGAUUAAAUGCUUUUUCGAUGUGAUGUAGUCAAUUAGCCUCCCCUUGGAUGACCAUCUAUAUGAGACAUGUUCACUGACUCAACCUUUAGUGAGGGUUUAAUCUGUGGUUGCUAGUUUUCCCUGGUGUCAUUUUACCUUUAACAUCCCAGGGUAGACUACUUGCAGAGAGAACUGAGAUGAUGCAUGUACAGACACCACUCCAGUCACAAGACUACAUGUGGAAUUGCCACUGAAAAAUCAGAAGCAUGUGAUUGAGUCGUGUAAACUCUAUAGAUAUUGUGGGUCAGGGUCAUUGGGAAAGAAUAUACUCUAUUGCUCAAAGGUGAACUGAAUAUGUGGGUCAUGUGGCUUUUUGUCAUUUCAGAUUGAGUGCACCGAGCUAUUAGUGCCUUUGAUUUGUAAUAGACUUUAGAUGCAUUAUUGUCAAUUUUAAUAACCAUUUUGAAUUGAGUUGUGGAGUUGUAAAUCAGCCUAGUAAUGUUAGAUCUUGGACAAACUGUUUUUUAUAAAUCUAUAAACUGUGAAAAUAGAUUAUUGCCUACUCAUACAAGGCUUUUAAAAACAAAACCACUUUUAGAUGGAUUUUAUAUGAACAACACAGCUUACUCUUGCUCUGUUUUUGUUACUAUAUUAAACAUGUGCUUUAUUAUAUCUAUCAGUAAAUUCCUCUAACCUUUGUGCAACACUGUUUGAUAAACAAUAAAUGUAUUGGUUUGACAAAAAAGCUUUUACAAGUUUUAGUCUAGAGAUACAAAUGAGGAAUAGGAAAACCAUAACUAAUUUAACCAAUAAAAUAUGAGUUGUGGUGUUUGGCCAAUGUUCCACAGCAAGGCUGUGGACACGACAAUGCGGAAUGACUGUAUAAACAGUACUGUGGUCAAUUGGACAAUGUAAACUGGUAGCUUGGAUUCCUGAAUGCUGAUUGGCUGAUAGCUGCUGUAUACCACUGUUAUUACAUCACAGAACUCUUUACUGUUCUAAUUGCUCUAUUAACCGGUUUAUAAUCGCAAUAAGGCAUCUCUGGGGUUUGUUGUUUAUGACCAAUAAACCACAGCUAAGCAACUGUCCAGGCACUCUGCGAUGUGUCGUGCCUAAGAACAGCUCUUAGUCAUCAUAUUUUUGCCAUAUACCACACUCCCUCAUGCCAUGUUGCCUAAUAAUAUACCAGAAAACCCUGAAGUGCGUUAUUGCUAUUAUUGAACCAGUUACCUACGCAAUCGAAACAGUAACAAUUACUUGGAAUACCUGCGGUAUACUGUCUCAUAUACCACAGCCUUUUGCUAAUUAGAAUAAAGAUCCAAACCAACUGGCUUAUAUUCUCUGCAAGUAUACUCUCAGCUGUGGUGAAGAGGUCAGUGGGAAUGUCAGUGGCAAAGAUGGUAAACCUCAUCACCCCAGCAAAAUGUUCCGUCAUUUAUCUUAUUUGUGUGUUUCACAAUAUGCUGAGGUGAAAAUCAGAACAGGAUGCUUGAAUUUUCACCUCCCAAUUUGGACAUUUUCACUUAGGGGUGUUCUCACUUUUGUUGCCAGCGGUUUAGACAUUAAUGGCUGUGUGU